AGCCUUGCUGGAAAAUACAUUAUUUCCACCUUCCGAGCAGUCUAACAGAACAUGUGCAUUCCCCUAGUCUCUUGAAAUCUUCGUUGUCGUACGUCGUAUGUGAUUCCCAAUUGUGCUAAUGAGCCUGCUAGGUGGCUACAAGAAAAAAAGCAGUUACGAUGGCUACGAAUCUUUGCAGUUGGUCGAUAGCAGCGGAGACUUCUGCACCGGGGGAAGAAGCGGCGGCGGCGGAUUGACGGCAGUAACCCUCGGCAGCGCUAAGACAGGCCCGGCGCGACAGGACGACUACAGUACCAUGGACAGCUCAGGCCCUCCGUCUCCAGAUAUGGAUGGGAACUAUGGGGGGGGACUUCUGGAUAUGGUCAAAGGAGGUGCAGGAAAGUUCUUCAGCAACAUCAAGGACAACCUGAAAGACACUAUCAAAGACACCUCUACCAAGGUUAUGAAUCAAGUGGCCACGUAUACAAAAGGAGAAUUGGACAUUGCCUACAUCACCUCACGUAUUAUCGUGAUGUCCUAUCCUGCUGAGGUAGUGGAGAUGGGUUACAGGAACCACACAGAGGAUAUCCGCUCAUUUCUGGACUCAAGUCACGCUGACCACUACACUGUUUUCAACCUGUCACAGAAGAACUAUCGGGGGGCAAAGUUUGCCAACAGAGUUUCUGAAUGCAAUUGGCCAUCCAGACAGGCCCCAAGUCUACACAACCUGUUUGCCGUGUGUAAAAACAUGUUCAACUGGCUCAAGCAAAAUCCCAAGAAUGUGUGUGUGAUCACAUGCUCGGAUGGUAGAGCUCCAUCAGGCGUGCUGGUCUGUGCCAUGUUCUGUUUCUGCCAGCUCUUUGCCAACCCGGUGCCAGCCAUGCAGCUUCUCGGUGCCAAGAGGCCUGGCUCUGGCCUGUGGCCCUCACACAGGAGGUACAUAGGUUAUGUGUGCAGUAUGGUCUCAGAGAAGCCUACGGUACCACACUCCAAACCACUAGUCAUUAAAGCUGUCACAAUGAGUCCUGUUCCUUGCUUCAACAAACAGCGCAGUGGCUGUCGGCCUUUUUGUGACGUACUUAUUGGAGAGACCAAGAUAUUUUCUACAGCUCAGGAUUACGAAAAAAUGAGGGAACACAGGAUACAGGAGGGUAAAGUGUUUUUUCCUGUGGGAGUGAGUGUCCAAGGAGACGUGGUGAUUUCGGUCUAUCAUAUGCGGUCACAUGCACUACAAGCAAAGGUAACAAACACCCAGAUGUUCCAGAUUCAGUUCCAUACUGGAUUCAUUGUCCCUGGCACCACAGUCUUAAAGUUUCUGAAGACAGAGCUGGAUGCAUGUGAUUCUCCAGAGAAAUACCCCCAGCUGUUUCAUGUGCUGUUAGACAUUGAGGUGGAAAGCACAGAGAAACAGAAAGAUCUCACCCCACCGUGGGAGCAGUUCCCCACCAAAGACCUGAGCCCCAAUGUUCUUUUCUCCUGCCAUCAAGAACACCAGGAUGCACUUGCUAUUGCAGAUCCAGCCCAGGGCCAUGGGGGUUGUGGAGGUAGAGUGGGUCCGAAUGAAGAGAGUGAACCCUCGGACGAUGAUAUGCUCUCCCUUUCUAGCCAGCAGAGCAACACAAGCAAUGAGAAAUCAAAAGCAGCUAAGAAGCCGGAACCCCAAUCUUCAGUGGCCCCUCCUCCUCCAGCAGCAGAAGAUGUGGAUCUGUUGGGACUAGACGGGGAUGCAGCUCAGCCUUCUUCAUCCUCCACACACCCUCCUACCACCAGCACAACCACAGACCUGUUGGGGGAUCUGUUUGGAGCUCCACCCACACGACAGCCGGCCAGUGGCUCCUCCUCUGCUCAGUCAACCCCGCGGAGAUCUGCAACCUCUUCAUCACCCUCUCCAUCACCUCGAACUGGAGGCACUUUUGACCCGUUCGGGUCUGGGCCCGCUCCCUCCCCAAAGCCGCAGGACUUCAUGGGGGCCUUCCUGGGUCCAGGUAAUGGGCAGCCAGACCCCUUCCUGCAUGCUGCACGAUCUCCAUCUCCUACAAUGCAGACCAUGGGCAUGGGCCGUAGUUCACUGGUGCCACCUACUACACCCACUGUCAACAUCCAACAGCAGAACUCUAUAGGAGCUUGGGAAUGGAACAAACCAGCACCUGCAGUUGUUGGUUUGGGGAUGGGAAGUAAAUCCACCAGCACCAGUCCAACCAGCUCUGUUCAUGGCACUCCCACCCACCAGCUGAAACCCAACACCCUUGACCCCUUCGCUGAUCUGGCCAACCUAGGAGGCAGUCUGGGAGGUCCAGGAUUCUCCAGCAAGCCCACCACACCAACAGGUACAGGAGCAGCAUUACCGCCCAUGGGCUCCCCCCAGCGUCCGGCUCCCUCCCCCCAGCACACUACCUCUGGAGGGUGGCACCCCAGCACUGGCUUCCCCUCAUGGCAGGCUGGAGGUGGGGGUCCAUGGCAGCCUCAGGCCCAGGGUGCACAUCACCAGACUCCACCCAAAGCACCAGGACCAUCUAUGCCCCACACCUCACCACAGAACAGACCCAACUACAAUGUCAGCUUCUCCACCACGGGCGGGUCAUCGCCAGGGAGCACUGGGGCAAAAGCACAGCCUAACUUGGGAACCAGGCCAAAAGUUUCAAAUGCUAACUUUGAUGACCUACUCUCCGGCCAGGGCUUUGCUGGCACUAAAGAGAAGAAAGGGCCAAAAACCAUAGCAGAAAUGAGAAAAGAGGAGAUGGCGAAAGAGAUGGACCCAGAAAAACUCAAGAUCCUGGAGUGGAUUGAAGGGAAGGAGAGGAACAUCAGAGCAUUGCUUUCCACCAUGCACACAGUCCUGUGGGAAGGGGAGACGCGCUGGAAACCUGUAGGCAUGGCUGACCUUGUCACACCAGAGCAGGUGAAGAAGGUCUACCGCAAAGCUGCGCUGGUAGUACACCCUGACAAGGCUACUGGACAGCCCUAUGAACAAUACGCCAAGAUGAUUUUUAUGGAACUAAAUGAUGCCUGGUCAGAAUUUGAAAGCCAAGGACAGAAAGCGCUAUACUAAGACUUAAAACCCAGAAACUGUUCUAAAAGGGCCCUGAUUUUCAGUAUAUGAUCACAACCAGUCAGAGAUUCUUGCCCACAUCAUACUGCAACCCAAGUCCUUGCGUCCAUGUCAUCACUCCCACCUCCAGGAUCCUGCUUCACAGAGACUUCAGAGCCUACAUAUACAAUAUAGUUGUGUGUCUCUUUUUUGAUUCAUGUAUCAGGACCGAUCAUGCACUAGGCCAACAUAACUGCUGUUUGAGAAGACUGCUAAGGAAAAAGUAACAUUCAGCAUUGUUUUAGAGCUCUUUACAACCUUUAUUCUUUGUGCCCUAGGACUUUAACACUGACAUAAAGUCAAGAACCAGUCUUUAAACAGCUGUGAAAUACACUACAAAGACAAAAGUAUGUGGAGCCCUAAACACCACACCCAUUUAUGCUUAUUGAAGAGUUACUGUAAUUGCAAAACCAUUGGCUGUGGGAAAGUGCUCUUAUUCAGACACAAGAGCAUCCGUAAGGUCAAGCACUGAUGUUGGGCAAUGGGGCCUGGCUCGCAGUUGAUGUUCCAAUUCAUGCCAAAGGUGUUCAUUGGGGUUCAGGUUUGGGCUUUUGUGCAGGCCAGUCAAGUUCUUCCACACCAGACUCAGUAAACCACUUCUCUAUGCUGGAAGCACACAGUUCUCUAGAACAUCACUGUAUGCCUUAGCUAUAAGAUGCAUCUUUACUGGAAUUAAGAGGCCUAGCUAAACCCAUUAUUUGAAAGGGGAUGUUCACUUUCCACAUACUUUUGGCCAUGAAGUGCAUAUCUGCAAAGAUUCUCAGUUAUCCUGGUCUUGUAGAAAUUAUUCUGCAGCAUCUAAAUGAGUUUUCCAUUCAUCUAAGUGUUUAAAUGCUGGGGAAUCUACAAUGUUAAAUCUUCGUGGAUGAGAGGUGAACCGUCAUUAACAAAUGGAAAAAUAUGUCCAGAUACUCCAGAAUAAUUUCUCCAAAACAGCUGAGAAAUAUUAGAAAAUGCAAGUAGGUAUCAGACAAAGGGUGCUAAGGCUCUGUGGUUUCCCAGUCAGUCGGGGGCCAGAUUUAGGCAGAUAUGCACAAAUGAAAGAACACUCCAACAAAAACCUGCAACAACUGAAAGAAAAGUUGUAUCAUGUCACAUAACUGCUUUCAGAAGCUAAGCAUUCACUGGCAACUGUGGUGAGCUUCAGAUUACAUUUGUUGCUGCGGGGCAAAAGCACAUUAGGAAUGAGAGAUUUGUAUUGGAAAUUGGAAGUUUUAUCAUGCAGCUACUUAUAUCACCUUACUGUUUAAACUGUGUUUUUGGGGAUUAUCAGACUGCAAUUGGUGAAACAUUGAACUUGACCUGUAAAAAUGUAGUAGAUUGAUAAUAAUUUUAUUCUUUUGUUUUUUACUGAGUAUGGAUCUGUCUGUAUAUGUUGCUCUAUAACAUACUGUUUACAAUCAUAAACUUAAAAAUAUUGUUUAUUCAAGACACUAUUCCAUAAAAAAAAGAUAUACAAAUAAAUAGUAUAUGUAACUCAAAGUAAAUAUGACAAGGUUCUGGUUUAAGCUAUACAUUGAGAUCUUAACUUGAUGUUGUACAUUGCUUAACUGGUUUACUGUGCCCUGAUGAGCUUACCACAGUUGUAAGGCACAUUAAGUUAGUUUUGAUUACAGAAUAUAUAUUUUUUUGUUCAAGUGCUUAGCAGUUAUCAUGACUCUGAAACAGACUAUGUUUACUUUAGGUUGUUUUUCAAAUGAAAGGAUUGCGUUUAUGUAGGGUGAAUACAGGUAAAGUCGGACCCUAACACAAAAAUAUAUUUUCUAGCUAAAGGUAUGCACAAAACUAUACUGAGGAAAAGGGAAGAAUUAUAAAACACAAAAACUUGAGCAUCCCACUUUACCUGUAUUUACAAUAUUGCUGAUUAUGUGUGUUAAUCAGACCUUCUGAUAAGGAACGUGAUUGUAUGGAAAAUUUGAAUCCGGUAUUGGAAAGAAUGUUCAAUUCUCAUUGUUUCAUUUCUAUUGGUGACCUUUAAACGAAUAUAUCAUCACAGUGGACCAUAACAUGAAUAUUUUCAUCAAAUGAUUUUAGAGUUCCAACUCUAGCAUGAGUACUGCAUGUUGACUGUAAGUGGUACAAAGGCUAGACAAGGUUUCAAGGCUAUGUUCCAUUUCAAAUUUGUAUCCCCUUCCCUCACAAACUUCACUCCAUUUCGUCACUGCUUAAGUUGCACAAAGACGUGCAAUGGGUUUAACUGGAACACCCUUAACACUUGAUCUCUUGGAGCAUGUUGAAGGCUGAUGCCAAUUUGUGGAAUUAUUUAGUGAUUUUUGCACCUGAGAAAACAAUGUUUUUGGAGCUUGAUUUCAGAGGCUUAUGUAUAAAUCUUGAGUUUUUUUAUUUUAUUUGAAUGAAUUGUUAGAAAGGAUUGAUCAAGAUGUACACAAAUGAAAAUGUUAACAUAACAAUGAGCACACAGGCUAUAACAGUGUGAUAAAAAGUUUAAGGUAGCUACAAGUUUUAUGCUGUUAAAUCUCAAUAUAACCUUUCUAAACUGCUUAAUUGACAAAACAUCACUUCCAUCAUACAUUAGAGUCGUGUGGGGAUGGGGUUUAUGAAGUCACUUCACAAUUGAGAUGCAUUGUGGGAUAUGGAGCUGCCAGAAGCAUACAUCAGAGUAGACUCGCUCCCUCGGUCAAAAUCAAGGGGUUGAGGUUGUCAACAGAAACUAUCCUCACACACUUAACAAAGUGGAACAGACUUCCAAAAUGGCAGCAGAGACUCCCCCGAGGGGAAGUGCUUAGGUGAGUUAAUUUGCCCUUUCUCUUCACAAUAUAUUUGCACUUGAAUGUCGUUAGAGAAAAACAGCACACUCGUGCUGUAACUUGCAGUACUUGUUGUUCAUUUCAUCCAUGAUUCGCCUUCUUUUAGUGCUUUUGAUCAUGCAGUUUAGAACAGUCUUUUCUGUCUCUUACAUUUUACCAUCAAUUAUCUUUCCCUUUCAUACAAUCUAGUUCUAAGGACUUGAAUGCACAAUGGAUAAACAUUGUUUUGAUUAUCUUAGAUUAGCAAAAAAACGGUGCCCUAUCAAUGGAACUUUUCCGCACCCUCUUGUGGACUGAGCUGUUUUAUCUUUAAUCUAAGGAUAUCAUAAAGCUAACCACUACAUACAGUAAUGAAAGUGUGGUGCUCUUAAUAAUUCUGUUCUUUGUAAGGAAGUGAAACAUUUUGGAUACAGCUCUGUGGUUGUCUGCUGUAUCAGUAUUAUUGUGAGAAAUUUUUUUUCUGUUUUCUGUCUAUUUUCCAUAUGAAGCUGUACAUAUGAUUAUGUGCAUUGCACAAA